CCUGACCAGUCCCAUGCUUGCGAUCCCCCUAGGAGCCCGUACUUUGGCCUUCCCAGACACUACCGGUGCUGCUCCCCUACCAACUCGCCAGACCAUUCUGCCUCUUCGCCGCCUGACUCAUUUCUGGCCGCCCGCGUCUAGAAUCACUUUCACUCUCACCUCUAGAACAUAGAACUGCGCUUGGCCCCCGCCCACCUCCUGGUCGAAUCCUGCCUUGGAUAGUACUCCCAUCUAUCACCUUGAAAGCGCCGCAGUUCGCUACAUGCGCCUACCCGCACCGACAGCUGUCUGAGCUUUGUUUGCUGUGGAACAACAUUGCCAGCCCCGAAGUAACUCAAAUUCAAAGACUGUCCCGCGCCGCAGGACGAAAAUGGCGGCAGCGGAAGCGGCCAUUCGCCCUCAUGAUCGCCAGAAGGCUCGCCGUCCCUUCGCGACAUGGAUGAAGCGUCUCGCGAACCUCAAAAGCUCUGGCUCUGCGCUUCACAACGAAAAGAAGAGCCUCUCCCGCAACAAGCGAAAGAACAACAAUCCCUACCCCGAGUCUGGCUACGUCGGCAAUGGCGUCGCGCGACCCAAGGCGCCCAGCACCAUUAGUGGACGAGCCUCCUCCUUUACGCCCGCGUCAGUAAACUCAGGCAGGGUAGGCAGUUUUGCUAGCUACGCCGACUCGACCACAGGCGGGCCCAACAUCGUCAUAAGAAGCAACAAGUCUACUGCCCCGACUCUGGCCACCAACCCAGAGACAAUCCAGUCGGACACAGGCUUUUCGCGCACCGGCACCGCCUACACGACCGACGGUCUGUACAGCGGCCGCGCGAAUAGCACCUUCAGCUCCGCGCGGGCUUCCCAGGAAUCGCUCACCACAACCCUCACGACCAUCCAGUCCACUGCGCCCUCGGCCAUGCUGCCCGCCACGAACCAGGCCGCGGCCGCUCAGUCACCCGUCACCUUUUCGCACCAGUACCCCGUCAGUCCUCCCGCCUCCGCCGUCCCAGCGCACAUGCAGCAGUCGAUCUCGCAUCCGCACACGUACACAGCCGCGACGGCAAACGGCCUGCUCAGCGACAACGCCUCCAUUCUAACGCUCGCCUCAUCCUCGAAGCGUCGGCGUCGCAAUUCUCUCGAUACACAGGCCUCGAUCCGAGCCAUUGCUCCAUCCUCUGUCUGGGGCAACUCCCGCGAGUCACUUCCCCUGUCUGUGCUCUCAGCUAACAUAGACCGCGAGUCCGCAGCCGCGGGCUCGUCCACUGGGGGAUACGGGUCAUCGAGCGUCGCCGCACCGCCGCGGCCAUCUCUCUCAGGGCUUGCCUCUGCGGAGCGUGCCUCGGUGUACAGCAAUCCGGGCGGCGUCGGUGCACCCGCGCUUGUCUCGGAGCGCAACAGCUACUACAGCACCAAGCUGGGCAAUGACGGUGCGAGCGUGCGCAGCGGGCACCUAGGCCUGGGCCAUGGGCGCGCGGAAAGCAUCAACGGGAGUAUUACGGGCCUAGACAGGACAGUGGAUCGUGCUGCGACGGUGACUGCGAGUCCUCUUGCCAGCCCGAGGGAAGGACCAAGGGAAGGCGAGAGAGAGGUUCGGGCCAGUCGGAGAAUGAGUGGUCGGCGGGACAGGGAGGGUGCGGACGCAGACGUCGAGGAAGAAGACGAGGAGAGCACGCGCAAAGGCGAGGACGACGAAGACCUUGUCAAAGUGGAUAGCGGGAAAGGAAAGGGCAAGGAGAAGGAGGUCGUGAAGAAGGAUGUGUGCAGUCUGCGCUUGCGUCCUGGCGAAACGACCGGAUGAAAUUCUACUCCGUCCUCGUGUGAUGGCUAGAGCGCGUAUUGGCACGUCCUGUCUGGACAGAUGCUGAGGUCCUCCUUUGGGAUUUGACGAGGUGGGCCUCCAGUGGGCGUUAUUUUUGGGCCGAUAGGGUUUUCUGAAAGGUCAACAGUCGUGAUAUCCCCCCGUCCCCCCCCCCCUAACUUGAUUCAUCGUUGACUUUUUUUUGGUACACACACAUACACACAUUGUUUUGUAGUUCAGCUGACGUCAAUCAGAAAGUAUCGGCGAUAGAAGUUUACCAUUCACAAAUACCCAAUCUACGAGAAUGAUAAAUCUGUCCCAACUUGCACAUCUGCAUUUCUUGCCUGUUGCCCUUGCACGAAUCAUUGAGCUUGCUAUCGUUUCUGAGGCCGGUUUGUAUCAGCACCGCGCCGUCUUCUUUCCGACCUUCACAAUCUGAU